AUGGCUAAUACAACCGUCCGAGGUGCGCAAGCAAUCCAUGGACAGAACCCACAGUAUCUAGUCGAAACUGUCAUCCGUAACCGUAUAUAUGAGUCUCCCUAUUGGAAGGAGCAGUGUUUCGCGUUAACCGCUGAAACCCUCAUUGACAAAGCCAUCGAUUUGAAAUGCAUCGGAGGAGUGUAUGGGAAUCAGAAGCCCACCGCGUUCUUAUGUCUCCUGUUGAAGCUGCUGCAAAUUCAACCAGAGAAAGAGAUAUUAAUCGAGUACCUUCAAGCGGAUGAAUUCAAGUAUCUGCGCGCUCUAGCCGCGAUGUACAUUCGCAUGACGUUCCGUUCAGUCGAAGUGUAUGAGAUUUUGGAGCCGCUGCUCAAGGAUUACAGGAAACUGCGAUAUCGGACCAAUACUGGGUACACCCUAACGUACAUGGACGAAUUUGUCGACAAUUUACUAAGAGAGGAGCGAGUAUGCGACAUCAUAUUGCCUAGGUUGGCAAAACGGUCUGUGUUAGAGGAGACAGGAGAGAUUGGACCGCGCAAGAGCCGCCUUCUCGAUGCAAUGGAGGGCAAAAGCGACGUCGGCGAAGAUCGUAGCCGCAGUCCAAGCAGAAGCAGGAGUCGCAGCAGGAGUCGCAGCAGGAGUCGCAGCAAGAGUACAAGCAGGACACCAAGUCGAAGUCCCUCUAGCAGAAGCAGGAGUCGCUCUAGGACGCCAUCGGAUGCAGGAGAGCGAUAUAUCUCUCGCAGCCCUUCGAGAUCACCUUCUGCUGCAGGAUCCAGGGAGGCGUCACCUCAGCGACCCAUUCGUUCGCGCUCACGAUCUGAAUCCCCGUAUCGCUCACGCAGCCGUAGUGUCUCUCCAGACCGUAUGAACACUGAAAUCUCGAACCGGGCU